UUAGACAAUCAGCCCCAUAUGCGUAGCCCUGCUAUAAAAACAGGGUCCAAGUAGGUUACUGCAAUGCCGAUUGUUCUCAGGCCGAAGAAAAAGAAACCGUCUGUGUGCCCUGCCCCUCUCUGGUAUCGGGGUCUGUCCAACGAACAAGUUGAUGCGGCUAAGGCGCUGCAGGAUGCUCUCACCGACGACAUACAUCAGGGCACCACUUAUCGGGUACAUCAAUGCCUGUUCACAAUUGGCAUAUCCCCCAUGGCUACCUCCGAGGAGCUGUCCGUGAUUAUGAAUUGUAGUCGUGGCAAUGAUUUGGCGUUUCUCUACUUCCUCAUGUGCGCGUAUUACAAGUCCGAGCCCCGCGAUAACAAUAUUACGGGCUUCAAUAUCAACGAGCAGUACAUUCUGUCCUGCAUUGCUAAGCUGGACACACCGUUCACUUUGGAGGCAUUGGAUCGCAUUCUGCCGUCCCCCCCAAAUACUGUGGCUGCCCCAAGUCCCAUUCCUCAGGUCUCAACGAAGAGCGAGAAGAAACGCUACCAACUCUCAACUCCAUAUCAGGCAUCCAAUAAGGCUGCUGGUGUAAAUAAAGCGCCUUUACCAGUCUCGACUCCAUAUCAGGCACCCAAUAAGGUUGCUGGUGUCAAGAGAUUGCCUUUAUAUGUCUCCACUCCAUAUCCGGCAUUGAACAGGUGUGGCGAUGUUUCAACUCUAUAUCCGACAUCCAGGUUGGGGGCCGGUGCAUCGCCUUAUUUUCAAAAACAACCGCGACCCUCAAUGCCUCCAGAUACGAAAAAAUACUUAAGUUCGCCACCCGCUACUUCUGCCACAUUCGAGGACGAGCCACAGCCCUACCAAGGAAGAUCGCGUGAGGAGAAUCGAUGGUUCGCCACUUAUGAGUUUCAGCCAAAGAAGCGCAUAACAAAAGCAAUUGUUACCGAGGAACUCAAUAGACUCUUCGACAACAUCGAUUGUAUUCAGCUUGAUGGGUCGGAAUCCUUGUGUACCUACCAUCGUAACAUCAGAGAUUUGGAGAGAGAUACCUAUUUGGUAGAGGCAAGGAAGCGUUGCUUGCAGUUACUGCAGGGACAACGCAAGGAGCGGACACGACAGCGCAUUGCUAGCCAGCUGGAGAGGGAUGUGGAGCGGUACAUGAAAGAGUUUGGUCCUAGGUGGAGUGAUCUGAAGCCAACUGUGCCAGCCAGUGAUUGCAAAGUCUGCAGUCAUUUGACAACUGAGCCCACAAGCAUAAAGGAGCCUGUAGUGCUGCUGGUGAAUGGUGGCGAACGCAUUUGUAGCCCACUCGUUAGCCUUUGUGAGGAGAAAGCAGCUCAGAGACUGCAUUUUUUUGGGCUCAGAUGUGGGGAUGCUUUUAACGCUUGUGAGGAAGACAAUCAGCGACUUCCUGGUGGUCAGGACAAGCCUGAAACGCAACAACAGCAACUGCCAAGACCUGUGGGUCAUACGCAAACCAUUCCGAGGAUGCAGCCAAAAUGUUCCUGCGAAAGCGCUGAUGGGCCCAGACGAACACCUCUGGGCGAAUGCAGCCACAACCAACGAAAUGUGAAUAGAGGUUGCCUCCGCAGAAGAUCGUCACGCAGAGCCUCCAGGCCUUCGAAACGCGCUCCUGUGGAGCUUCCCUUUUUUCAGCCACCGUCGAAGCAUAAGCCCUACGCCUUCGACUACGAUCGUGUCUUUGAUAUUGGCGCCGGCCCUAGAAAUUCCGAGGAAAAUAUUAAAACGAAUUUCGUACGGGCUCUGCACAAACCAAUCGAUCAAGAAACUGAACUCAAUUCCAAGUCUUUUGCAAACUUAGCCCCAUAUCAGCGGGUGGAUGUGAUCGCUGCAGUCUCGAAAUGUGCUAACAAAAUUAUUGAGAAAUUUGUGGAAUCGGCACCACCCUAUAUUCCAGAGACACCAUCAAUAGUAUCCACAAACGAACCCCCGAAAUUGAGUUUCGAGGACCGCACAAGCUUUGAUCCAAACGAUGAUGUUCUAAUGGAUCAGAUGCUUAAAGAUGCCUUCGGUAUAUUGCGCCAGGAUGCCAGAUACGUGUUGGCCUCCUUGCCCGAUGGUCAUCUGCUACCUGUGCUACGUGAGUGGGUCAGAAAGCGAUAUGGCAAGCGAUAUCCUUCAGUCGAAGAUGAUGAAAUCAGAAAGAAAUUGUUGGCUCUGGCCGAAAACUUAUCGGCGCCCAGACCAAAAGCCCUUUUUCAAAACCGGAAUUUUCCACACAAAUAUGGAGAGCUGGGACGCAUUAGGAAUGAGGCCAAGGAGUACACCAAAAUAUACGAAACCAAAGUCGCGAAUGAAAUAAUGGAGGGUGGACGACGCUGUUGGCAAACUAUGAAGCUUGAUCGCUGCCAUGGGCAUGAUAUGCGGAAUACAUUCUUUUCCUAUAUGCCUAAUCGAAGACGCGACAUAGUGCUCCCUCAUAACGCGUGUCGCUGAGCCGAAGAAGGGAUUACCUAAAUUACUUUGGAAUAUCUCAUUUUUGGAAAAACAUUUUCUAUCGGUUCUUUUUAAAUCGUAGGCCACAUCUAGAGAUAUUGCUUUGAGCCUUGUACAGCGCUUAUAAGACAAAUGCCCGUAUAUACCUAUGUCGGUAAUUUGUCUUAUACGCUAUAUAAGAUUCAGAAAUUUCCAUAGAUUUGCUAUACAGUUGAUUAUAAAUUUGUUUAAUGCUAAAUUAUUUUUAACGUUGGACAAAUUUGAUUGAAUUCUUAAUUUUUAAAAUUCUGCGUUUUCAUUUCAUAUUUUUGUGUAUU